AUCAAAGUUGGAUUCCUUUUGGGAGUCUGUGGGAGUUUCUUGAACACAGCUGUGCUAGCUGGAGAGCCUGCAAUCAGGAUUGAAAAUCUCAGGCUAUGUGGAGAUAAAUCAGUGGCAAUACUGAAGCCUUCAGGAUCCCUGAUUUACCCAUCUGCAAACAAAUUGGUGAAAAUGGUCCAGAGGCUCUUGGGUACAUUUGACCUGGUGGUCAUUGACUGCAGUCAUGUCAUGGAAGUUGACUACACAGUCAUUGAUUGUAUGCUGAGUAAUUUUGGGAAGCUGCAGAAAGUCUAUUUUGUGAAUGUCACUGAAGUGUUGUUUGCCGGUUUGGCUCAACAGACUGAGUUCAUGAUAUUCAGGGACAAGGAUGAGGACUGGAUUCAAAGGGAUCCCAAUUCAUCAAGUCCUUCAGCAACAACCCCAGGGAUAAUCAGUCAUCAACAGCCUGCUUUCAGAAAUAAUGUGCCAGUUGCAAGUUCUUUGGCAUCCAGCAGUGGACUUCCAUAUUCUGCAAACAGCUCCAGAGUCUCCACACCAGUGUUGCCAACUUCUGGCAGCAUUUCUGGUUCUUCUUAUCCAAGGAAGGCGAAAAUCUCUCUUGAUACGUUCCCAGCUGACGUCCUGAGGGCCAUGUUUGUAGAAGGAAGGGAACAAUGUGACCACGGGAAGCUAGUGCUCAAGGGAAUCUCUGGCAGUGUGAUGGCUGACUUCCUCAGGUGCCUCUACACCGGCGAAGUGUUCCUCAGUCAAAGCACUGUGUGUCAACUCUUGUCAGCUGCUGUCAUGUUCCAAGUUGCCCCCUUGCUGGAUGCUUGUUGCACUUACUUAACCUCACUCUUGGACUCUGGAAAUGCCAUUGGAAUCGCUGCUUUUGCGCAGAGACACGGAUGCGAAAUACUCCACCGACAUGCUGUGCAAUUCAUUGAGCGCCACUUUGUCAGCCACUCCAUGGAGUUUCUAGAGUUACCCUCACCUAGAGUAAUGGAGAUAAUCAAGAGCAGCAACUUGAACAUAGCAGAGGAGCGCAUAGUUUAUGAUGCAGUCAUGAGAUGGGUGAAGCAUGAUGAAGGAACAAGAACUGAGAAGGCAACAGCUCUUAUGAAGUACCUCAUUCCUAGACCGCACUACCAUCCAGACAAAUCUUUGGGACAAGUUCAUUAUCACAACGACCUACCAGAAACUGUGAAUUUUAUUUUUCUGCAUUCUGCUGAAACUGAUUUUGGGAGACAGUUAGGUAAAGUUAGGGAGUCCGCUGUGAACACUUGCCAGAAACCUUUCUACAAGACCAACUAA